ACGAUCAAGCUUAAGUUGGUGAAAAUACUAAAGCUAAAGCCGGCAAAUAAACUUACUUAUGCGUUUUAUCUGGAAGUUAGACAAAAAACUUUUCAAUUUCUUGUUGACACCACACGUACUUCACGUAGCAACACAAUCUUCAUAUUUGCCAGCACAAAAUCAAUUUUAUUCGACUACUCAACCGGAAUCAUGAUCAAAGUUUAUCCGAUAUUCCAGGAUUCCCGAGGUCAUACCCGCUCACCGGACAUCGGUCAUGCUGCUGCUGACAUACGAGAACAAUUAUCGACCGGAAAUUUUUGCUUUGUAGUGCUCGAUAUCAUUCUAGACGUGCUCACCAACAAACCUAUGUCCACAAUCAUAUCAGUAGCCGGCACUGACAAACUUGGCACCUGUCCUUUCCCAACCAAUUACCUGACAUCAAAGACAUUCGAUCGACUCCACACCAGAAUCAUCGCCGUAAUAAUACACUUUGGAUUCGUGACUCAUUCGCAACACAUGUCACAGCGAUUCGUGAACCUCUGUAUCGAAUGCCCGAAUUAUCGAGACAUGGUGUACCAGCUUAAAUGA